AGGUGCAGGCGGCGGGGCCGGGAGCAGCCAUGGCGCAGGCGGCGGUAGCGGGGCCGGGCGUGCCGCCGCGGGGCCGGCGGGGGAGCAGCGGCCGCGGCCCCGCGGAACGCCUGUAGCCGCGGCCGGGCCGCAGGCUGGCGAGCCGGGACGCGCUGGCGGCGGCCGCCGCGGCGGCGGCGGAGGAGGAGGGAGGCGGGAGCCAGCCGCCGGCCGUGCCGCCGCCGCCGCCCCACAAGAGGAUGAAGAAGCGGAAGGAGCUGAACGCCCUCAUCGGCCUGGCCGCCGACGGCCGCAGGAAGAAGCCCGCCAAGAAGGGCUCGGGCCACCGGCUGCUGCGCACCGAGCCACCCGCCUCCGACUCCGAGUCCAGCUCCGAGGAGGACGAGUUCGCGGGGGCGCGGGGCCGCUGCGGCAAAGGAGACUAUCUACGAUGCUGCAAGUUCUGUUACCCGUUGUGUGCAUUUGUCAUUCUUGCUGCUUGCGUGGUAGCAUGUGUGGGCUUAGUCUGGAUGCAGGUGGCUCUCAAGGAGGAUCUUGAUGCAAUAAAGGAGAAGUUUCGAACUAUGGAAUCUAAUCAAAAGACAUCAUUCCAAGAAAUUCCUAAACUGAAUGAAGAUUUGGUGCAGAAGCAAAAGCAACUAGAACAAAUAGAGACUGGAGAACUGGGGCUAAAUAAAAUUUGGAUAAAUAUCACAGAGAUCAAUAAACAGAAUGUCUGCAGGUGUUUCAUAAGCGUGGAAAAGAGUUACUUGAAUCAGUGCGAGUUCAUGUUGCUACAAAUGAAGUCCUGGCAUCUUAUAUCACUAUUGACCUCAACAGUAAAUCAUCUCAAAAACAACAUAAAGUCUGCUUCUGAUCUGAUUUCUCUUCCUCUCACAGUAGAAAAACUUCAGAAGACUGUAGCGAACAUAGGUAGCACACUUACCAGUGUUUCUCAUGAUGUUGAAAAUAUCCAGACAGCUAUUGAAGAAUACAAGAAAUCCAUAGAAAUACUCCAGAAUGACGUGAAGGAAUUAAAACAGAUACCUUCACUUCCCUCCACUGUUGUGCCAAGGACUGAGAGAAAUCAGACAGAAAACUGCAAAAAGUCACUGCAUGCAGCUUUGGAAGAGCUAAGUAAUGCUGUAGUGGCGUACCAAAAGUUGAAUGACAUCAAGCUUCUAAACGUGGAUUCAGCCAUUGGUAACCUUAGCCGGAGGGUUAUGCUGUUAGAAAACUCUCCUCUUGCUGUGAAUAAUCUGGACAAAAGAGAGAACUUGUCUACCAGUGCGGGGAAUGAUGCAACUACCUCUCCAAAAAUGGAAAAUGAAGAUCAACUAGAUAAUGAAACUCAUUCAAAUAAAGAACUGAAGGAAACAGGGACUAGAGAUUCUCAGGUAUCAAUACUAAGAGAGAAGCUUCAACUGCUUGGUGUUCUCACAGGCAAGCCAGAAAACGACAGAUCUAUUGAGACAUCAAAGAAUGUUGAAAGUAGUCUGAGUACUACAGCAAAGCCCACAGACCUUUCAAGGCUGGCUUCAAGGUCAGCUGAUGGCAACACAGAGGGUAAUGGACAGCUGAGACAUCUGUCCUUACCAGGAAUUUCCAGCAUCAAAGAUCUUCAGAAUUUGUUUGAAAAAGCAACUGAAGAUGCUGAUGGAAAACUGUCGCAUGAAGAUCUUCAAAAGCUGCUUGGCUCUACAGCUGAAGAGUCACAGAGCUUUAAGAAAUUUGACAUAGAUGGAGAUGAGAAAUACUCAUUACAAGAACUGAGAUUAGCAUUAGGUGUAUAGGAUAUAUGUUUAGAAGGGUGAUGCUGAUGGAUGCUACUGUAGCUAAAGGAAACUACGGGACAUGAAAAACUUAUGUCUGCACUUUCCCAGUGUUUUACUGAUCUUUGGAGCUAAAUUACUGUACACAUUGCCACCUCUUUUUUCAUCUGCAGUUAUUGAAAAGAAAUUUACAAAUUUCUAUGUUGAUAGGACAUAAUAUUGGGACUGUGUUAAAAUCCAGAAAAUUCCCAAACUUGGAAACAUUUUCCUCUCAUUCUUUCCUUCUUAAGGGAGUCUUUGUUUUUAAUUUAAAAUGUGUACAUACUAAAAUAAAACUAUGGUUUUAUAUUUCACUGAAAUUUGCCUUAAAUUAGAGAGCUGCACUUUAGGGUAGAAGGAAAUCUGUCUUGUAAAGAUGGGCUACUUCUGCUUGUAUAUAUUUGAAAUAGAGUAAAUUAUGCAUAUUUAAGGGGAAGUUUGUGUCAGGGGCUGUGUUGGUAGUAAGCUGUUUAUCAUGAGAGAUGAAGCCUAAAAGGGGUGGUUAAGAAUUUCAGCUAAAUUUCUAACUUUGACUGAGUAUAAGCGUGAAUGAGUUUGGACUCGAUCAGAAGAAAGCAGGAGUAGUAAAACAUGCCCAUCUAUAGCAGGAUUUAUUUUUAGAGGGAACAGUUGAAAGUGUUUUUAUAUCAUGAGCCUAUAGGAGCAAUUACCUCCCAAGUGCUUGGGCUUUCACUUCAGCAUUCUUUGAGCUUUGCUGUAUUGUGUACAGAUUACAUUUUGUGAGAUGAGCCUAUCUGUUUUUUUU